CUCUUCUCUUCUGAGACUUCAAGCUUCAAGAAUCUCCUUUCCAUAAGGAAUUCUGAACAACUGCAACUCUGACCUUCUCUGCACACCAAAGUUGCAUUAAUGAACACAAAGUUCAUUGCAUCUGUCAGAGAAAGCUCUAAUUCAACAACAAGGACAACCAGCAACUUAAUUUGCAAGACGGCAAAUUAUUGAACUCAACUUCCUUCUUCCACUUCUCUGCUGAAAAGGAGUUCCCCCCCUUUUCCACCGGACUCGAUGAACAUAUCAGAGAACGAGUCAUUCGCAUACCUAGAUAUGUACGACUUGGAUUAUAAUGAAAGCUGCGAUCAGGAUCCCGGUCCAGAGCUGCCCAAUGGAUCCACGGUCUUGCAGAUUUUUUACCUCCUGUUGUUUUCUCUAAGUCUGCUAGGUAACUUCACAGUCCUCUGGAUUCUCCUCCGGUACAUAAAGCUGAAGACUAUGACGGACAUCUGCCUCCUGAACCUGGUCCUGUCAGACCUCAUUCUGGCCAUAUCCCUGCCCCUUUGGACCCUCAAUAUCCACAGCAUUGCAUCAUGCAAACUGAUGACGGGAGUCUAUGAGUUAGGUUUCUACAGCGGGACUUUGUUCGUGACCUUAAUGAGUGUGGACCGAUACCUAGCCAUCGUGCACGCUGUUGCAGCCAUGCGAACCCGGACACUUCGCUAUGGAAUCAUAGCCAGCAUCAUUAUCUGGGCUGUAUCUGUUGUCAUGGCUGUCCCUGGGUUGACAUUUGCAAAUUUGGAGACGGAUGUGGAUGAUAGCGUCCAUUGCCAGCCGAUGUACCCAGAGAACGCGCAACAGUUUUGGAAGAUGCUGCGAAACUUCAGCGAGAACACCGUGGCCCUUUUCGUGGGCCUACCCAUCAUGUUUUUCUGCUACGUGAAAAUCCUUGUUGUGCUGGCCAAGUCCAGGAACUCCAAAAAGGACAGAGCGGUUAAGCUGAUAUUCACCAUAGUGUGUGUGUUUGUGGUGUGCUGGGUCCCUUAUAAUGUCACAGUUUUUCUUAAGACGCUGCAACUGUUCCUGGAAACCCUGAAUACCUGCGAGAUGUCAAAAGCCAUCGACUCUGCCAUGAGCUUUGCUGAGGUCAUUGCACUGUCCCACUGCUUUGUGAAUCCAGUCAUCUAUGCAUUUGUGGGGGAGAAGUUUAGGAAGUCGCUGGGCAGGAUGCUAGAUAACUCUGCUAGAUACUUCAGCUUGAGUCCCCAGAGCAGAGGGACUUUCAGCCACAGAGAUACCACAGAUAAUGAGACUUCUAACACACCCGUAAAAUCUGAUUACUAAGAGUGAUAACACACUUUGCUAGUGUGUGUGUGUGUGUAUGGGGUGGAUGGGGGGGUCGUGUUGUGUAGUUAGCCGCUGCUUGUAAAAGCAGUAAAAUGGUUCUUACAGUAAAAACAAUAGAAUCUUUUUUUUCAAACUGUAUAUAAUUUUAUGGAACAUAUAUUCAAACCAUGUAAGACAAGUACGUUUGCAACUUAUGGAACUUUGUUGUUGGUGUUUUUUGUAAAAUAAAAUAAAAAUGAA